CCCUUUAUUUAACUCCCUCACAACACAUUCCAACGUUCACACAUAUUCCCCUUCAGUUCUUCAUUUCUCUGAAUUCUCUCUUCUCUUUCUGCUGAAAUGGCAUCAAAGUUCUCACUCAUUCUCUGUGUUCUGGCCAUCUGGGCCGUUGUUGAUCUUGCUCACUGUGCUUCAACCCAUAAUUCCCCAGCACCAUCAGUGGAUUGUUCAAACCUGGUCUUAACCAUGGCUGAUUGCUUGUCCUUUGUUACCAAUGGUAGCACCACAACCAAACCAGAAGGUACAUGCUGUUCUGGCUUGAAGUCUGUGCUUAAAACUGCUCCAGCGUGUCUCUGUGAAGCUUUCAAAAGCAGUGCUCAGUUUGGUGUGAUCUUGAAUGUCACCAAGGCUACCUCUCUUCCGGCUGCUUGCAAAGUCUCUGCUCCUUCUGCUACUAAUUGUGGAUUGUCUGAAACGCCUGCUGCAGCUCCUGUUGGUGUCCUCUCUCCACAAUCUUCUCCAACAUCUUCUGCUGCAGCACCUGGUGUGGAUGAAGCUGUAAAUGGGUUACCUCGAGCACCAGCACCAGCACCAUCUGUAGGGAACACAGCAUCUGCACUAUUCCAAAUUCCAGCUUGGUCCUUGCUUGUGUGCCUAUUGGUAGCUACAUUCUCAGGCUUUUGAGAUGAGUUUCAUUCCAGUUUGUUUGAGAGUAGAGAGAUGACUAUUUUGAUGUUUUCUUUGAGUUUUACCGUUCGAUGUCUUCUCAUUCUAUGAGUGACUUACAAGUAGAUAAUAUUCAUUCUGGUGUACUCUCUUUUUCUUAUAUGUAAGUUUUAUAUAUAUAUAACUUGAGUAGCGAUAUAAUAAUAAUAAUAAUUA